CUCCGAUUUCUCUCUCUCUCUCUCUCGCCGUUCUAAAUCGGGCCGAUGAUGACGACGACGAAGAUGAAGCAGGGUUCAGCGGUCAGUUUUGGUUGCAUGUAAAGUUUUUUGUGCAAUUGUGAAUUAGGGAUUUUUAGGGUUUUUUGUGCAAUUGUGCCUUGAGGUCUUCUGCUUCUAUUUUACAGAAAGUAAAGAAGGAAAAAAUAUUUGAAUUUCUCUUUCUAUUUUCCCAGUGUUUCGUUUCUCUGACCAGACCAAGAACAGAAAGAAACUCUGAAUUGACUACUAAAAAGAAGAAGCUAAUACUGACAAAGAAAGAAGUGUUUUCUCCCCCCGUUUCCCCCUUCUGAAAACACUCUCUGUUUCUUGAAAAUUGAGCCUGCUUUUAUAGAAAAAAGAGGCGGUGGUUUCUGGGUUUGGUCGGACCAAUUCUGUUUCAACCGGUUCGUCGGGUUGGGCCUUUCCUGGGCUGGUCAGGAUCUGACCCAUGAGAUCUUGGGCUUCCUUGGGCCUGACUGUGGGCUAUGAUCUUCUGGACUUGUCUUGGUUCUGGGUCUGAAUUGACUGUCUCCUUUCUUGUUGUUUGGCAGGUCCAUUGCUGGCUUCAAAAAGAGAUGGAAAAAAUAUGUAUUGAUUGUAAUUUUCAUGUAGUAGUUCUUAUUUGUAAUUUGUAUUCUUAUUGUAAUUGUAUAAUUUAUUGAUAGUUUAAAUAAAACUUUAUUCUUCUUCUGUAUUUUCUGUGUUGGGCCAAAAGCGUAAAUUGGAAGCCAAUCGGUCCUAUUAAUCCACUCUAAUCGAAUUUGAAUAAUUUAUACAAUCGUCGAUAUUUUAGACUCGCACUAGCCAAUCUAGUGGCCAAUCUAAUUAUCUUAUGACAUUUAAAGAUUAAUUAGAAUUUUUAGUUGAGUAAUUGACUCGGACAAAAUGGGGUGUCUACAGUUGCCCCCCUUGUAUAUCUCUUUAUGUAAAGAGUUAUACAAAGUUCCCGUAUAGACACCACAUUUUCUCAGUUCAGUGGAGGAUUAUAUUUUGCUGGUGAGGUAUUUUUCGACAUUUGUCAUCGCCAAUUGUUACAUUUUUCUCGAUGAUGACGUAAAUUAAGCGCACGUCAACGCUAAUUGUUUUUUUAUUGAUGACGUAAACGAAGCGCACGCGAGCGCUAACUGUUGAACUCUUUUGAAAAUGACGUAAACGAAGCGCACGUCCGCGCUAAUUGUUGGGGUUUCCUGAUGAUGACGUAAACGAAGCGCACGUCAGCGCUAAUUGUUGAGUUUUCCUGAUGAUGACGCAAACGAAGCGCACGUCAGCGCUAAUUGUUGAAUUUUUUAUAAUUCAUUGUUUUAUGCUUAUUAGCAUUAGUGUCGUAUUUUUUUUGACACUCGCUAGCACCAAUUUAAUGUGUUUAUAGUUUUGUUGAGGGCAUGUCUAAUUAAGACAAGUUCUAAUU